AGAGUUGUCCUCUCACUUGUCCCCACUCUGCCCAGAGGCCAGCCCAUCUCUUAUCCUCCUUGGCAAGAUGAGGAGAUACACUCUGAGUAAUUUUUUUCCAAGUUUCACUGAUCUCAAGUACUAGAAAGUGAUGAAUAAGUCUGUGGUUUGCUAUGGAGGUUCCAUGUCAGAUAAAGAUUCUUCCGAUGCCCGCCCCUCUCACCCUGGGUGUGAGCCCGCUGCCGCUGCGCAUAAAAGGCAGAAGCCUGUCUCAGACACUUCAGAACACCACGAAGGACCAAGAAAGAACCGAAUGCGUCCCGCCAGCCCAAACAUGAGCAGCCUCCCUGUCCUGCGUCUUCUCCUGCUCCUGUUCGCAUUCUAUGCCCCUCAGGCGCAGGGGAGGCCCUCCCCAACAUCCUGGCACAGACUGAUCGAAGAAAUUAUGGAUGAUCUAAACAAGCCACCUUCGCCUCCACAAGUGAGUGACUCCUUGGACUUAAAUGAGAGACAGAUACUGCUGGAUGAGACCCUUUUGAGGCCAAACCUGGAUGCAUUCCUGAAAGCUGCCACUAAUUUCCAAGAGAAGGGAUCACGAAUUGGGAAAAAUCUUGAGGAAUUACAGUCAUGCCUGCCCACCCUCAUGCCCACGGGAGACCCAAUCCAAAUCAAGGAGGGGAACUGGGGUGAUUUCCAGAGGAAAUUGGAGAAAUAUCUGAAAACCCUUGAUAACUUUCUGAGUCCAUAG